CGUAUCUGUCAACCAUCAGUCACCAGACUGACAGCAAUCCUAAAGGCUAGGGUCGCCAACGUGAAAAGCGCUAGCCAAUACAAACCCUCGUUGCAUAUGAAGCGAUGAUGUAGUGACCGUCCGCAGCGCUCUAUUGGGGCACGUUUAGGGGUUGCUGAUUGGCUGUAAGUCUAAGGUGGGCGGACGUAAUCGCAGCAGGAAAGUGUGUUUCGGAGUUACCGUGUAAAGCAUCACUACUUCCGGCGUACGCUGUAGCGGAAAUCAGCAAAGCUGUGUAGUACUGGCCGGCAGAAAAGACAAGGAUCUUCUGGAUUUAGUUUUGAAGGCUAAACUCCAUGAGUGGGCAAAGAUCAGCAAGAAAAAGAUGUGGAGAAAUCCACUCAGAAUUUCCUUCACGCUGUGAGCAUAUGUCUAAGACAACAUGUGUUUUAACCAAGCUUGUGGAAUUGCCAACACCACCUCUCUCUCGACAUCAGUUAAAGAGAUUGGAAGAACAUCGGUAUAAAAGCUGUGGGAAAUCCCUUCUGGAACCAUUAAUGCAAGGAUUUUGGGAAUGGUUGGUUGGUCAGGUCCCUUCAUGGAUUGCACCAAAUCUAAUCACCAUAAUAGGACUUUUGAUCAAUAUCUUGACAACAGUAGUGCUAGUAUAUUACUGUCCAACAGCAACAGAACAGGCUCCCACGUGGACGUACCUUUGUUGUGCUGUUGGUUUAUUUAUUUACCAGUCAUUGGAUGCCAUUGAUGGAAAGCAAGCAAGGAGAACAAACAGCAGCACACCCCUUGGAGAGCUUUUUGAUCAUGGAUGUGAUUCUCUUUCUACAGUGUUCGUGGUUUUAGGAACGUGUAUUGCAGUACAGCUUGGUACACACCCAGACUGGAUGUUCUUCUGCUGCUUUGCAGCAAUGUUCAUGUUUUACUGUGCUCAUUGGCAAACAUAUGUAUCUGGAAUGCUACGAUUUGGAAUAAUUGAUGUGACUGAAGUGCAGAUCUUCAUAAUUGUCAUGCACUUAUUGGCUGUGAUCGGUGGACCAGAUUUGUGGCAGUCGAUGAUCCCUGUACUGAAUGUGCAAGUAAAACUAGCUCCUGCCUUCUGCACAGUUGCAGGCACCAUAUUUUCCUCUCUCAAUUACUUCCGAGUCAUCUUUACAGGUGGAGUGGGAAAAAAUGGAUCAACAAUAGCUGGUACCAGUGUAUUGUCCCCAAUGCUGCAUAUUGGAAGCAUCAUUGUGCUAGCCACCAUGAUAUACAAGAAAUCUGCUGUUCAGCUGUUUGAAAAGCACCCAUGCCUUUACAUUCUUGCAUUUGGAUGUGUUUCUGCAAAAGUAACAAAUAAAUUAGUGGUUGCUCAUAUGACGAAAAGUGAAAUGCAUUUGCAAGAUACAGCAUUUAUUGGACCUGCCCUAUUAUUUUUCAAUCAGUAUUUUAACAGUUUCAUUGAUGAAUAUAUAGUACUAUGGAUUGCACUGGUACUUUCGCUGUUUGAUUUGAUCCGUUACAGUGUGAGCGUCUGCAAUCAAAUAGCUUCUCAUCUUCACAUUGAAGUCUUCAGAAUAAAGACUCGUGCUACACAUUCUAAUCACCACUAAGUGUCCUAAGCUUUUAAGUUACAAAUGCAUGUUUCAUAACAAGAAGAGAUAACAAAUCUAAAAAAGAAAAAAAAGUUCAGCAUCUCAGAAAUACAUCCUGGAGCUUGGCAAGUGUUUUUUCAUGCUUGAAAUGAUUGCAUAAUUAUACAAUUUUGAAAGUGUUCAAGCAUGACUAAAAAGAACUACUUCUGACAAUUGUCGUUCGAAAAGUUUUAAUAUCCAGUGUUUUUAAAUGGAAAACUUCAAGAUCCUUAUUUAUAAAGAGUAACUCCACCCAAAAUAAAAAAAAAAUAGGUUUCGAUUUAUUAACCUGGCAUGUUUGUUAUAUCAAAUUGUAUUUUCUGAUGCUUUACACAGGACUGCAGCUUUUUGUUUCUACACAUCUUUCUUAAAUGGAUAGGGGAUAAGAUGUCUGAUCUCAGGGGUCCCACCCCUGGUGGAUCCCCGUGAUCUCUCCUGCAGCACCCCCGUUUCUCAGCUGCACAGGCCGUGGAUCGCUCUGUGGCAGAUGACAGGCAAUGCAGGGGAUGGAGUAUUGUGACAUCACGGCUCCGUCCCCUCGUGAUGUCAUGGCCCACCCCUUCAAUGCAAGUCUAUGGGAGGGGGGGGUGACGCGACGGCGUCACGAUAUUCCGCCCCUUGCAUCGCCCGUCAUCUGCUAGAGAGCGAUCCUCGCUCUGUGCUGCUGAGAAACGGGGGUGCUGCAGGAGAGAUCGUCGGGGUCCCUAGCGGCGGAUAGAGCAUAAGAUGUCUAGGGGCAGAGUACCUCUUUAAAGUGGUAUUCAGUAGGGAUCAACCGAUUAUCGGUUUGGCCGAUAAUCACUAUUUUGGGCAUUAUCGGUAUCGGCAAUUACCUUGCCGAUAAUCCGAUAAUGCACCGCGACAACCCCCACCGCCCCGCACCGCGUCGCACCCACCACCGCCCCGGCCCCAUUGCCUCCCCCAUCCCCAGUUUUAUAAUUACCGGGGGCCACGCUACUUCUAGCUCCUGCUGCGUCCUGCGUUACGCUGUGCGCAAUGACGAGUGACUUGACGCGACGUGACAUCACCGUCAGUGCGCACAGUGACAGCUCAGGAGGACGCCACCGGAGCAAGAUGUAGAGUGGACCCCGGGAACAGAUAAUUAUAUAACCGGGGAUGGGGG